AAAGUGUACAACAGCUUUGAUUAAAGAUGACCUCCUUGUUCACUCAAGAAAUUCGUCUUUCAAAAAGACAUGAGAAAAUAGUAUCACAAAGAUUAAUGUUACUUCAACAAAUGGAAAAUAAAUUUGGAGAUCAAAACACAGAAAAGGCAUGUCAGCUGCAAGCAGCUGAGAUAGCUUUCAAAAGGAAUCUUAGCCUUCUAAAGGAUAUAGAAGCAGCUGAAAAGUCUCUGCAGAGCAAGAUUUGCUCACAUUUACCACUGGAGAUAGUUUCUCUUGAGACUCGUUACUGGGCAUCAGUAGAAGAAUAUAUUCCCAAAUGGGAACAGUUUCUUUUAGGACAAGCACCAUAUCCUAUGGGUGUUGAAAAUCAAAAAGAAGCAGAAAACACCGUUCUAAAUGAGGCGUAGUGAUAUCAUCUUCACAGGCUUUGCCGCUGAAAAAACCUCCUUAAUGAAGUUCAUUUUUAAAGAGCUUGUAGGUAAUUGCAGGAACUAUAGGAAUUGAAUGUUGAUACUGUUUCAUUACCUCUAAAUGACAAUGAAGAUACGAGAAUGUAUUGACAAGUUUCUGAUUAUCCCUACUACUCAGGAUCAUCAAGUUGCUUGCUACCAAACCCAUGGGAACUGUUAAAAACAAAUGUUAAAGUGUUAUUAAAUAAAUUAUUAGAUCAGUA